AUGACGUCGUUCUCGAACAUUGGAUUCGUGCCGUCGACCGAAGAGGAGCACGAAAAUGAAGACGGACGGGCGGAAACGUUUUCGGUCGAGGAGCCGAUGAGCGACGAAUCGCCACGUCAUCACAGAGCCACUUUUGGGUUUGUCCGGACCCUUUUUGGAACUGUAUUCUGAUUAUUUUCAGGAAAAAAUUGCGAAAUCGAGCUCCGCUGCUCGCCUCGACGCCACGUGUCAUUUGUCGAUUUCAGCGAUCGAAUAGGUAAGCAGAAAUCGCAACUUUUCUGGAGACCGUUUGCCGUGAAAUAUAAAUGUUCAAAUUUCCGCCCAUUCGUGUAUUUUGCAGUGUCCUGCCGUACUUCACUCGCGAGCCCACAUUCCAGCCGAUUCCCGAAUUUAUCGAAAUGUCCCAUGAUAUUCACGAUGUGUCGUUAGUGUCCUUUUGUGUUUCUAAUUUACAUCGAAAUACUGAUUUUUACAGCGAAAACAGUCAGGGAUAUCGAUUUUUCGAUACAAAGGUAUGUGGAUUUACUUGACUGGUUCCGUGGUGUCCGUUUGAUCUAGCUGAGUGUGGAUUCACACGCUGCGGCGUGUACCUCUCCACGACUCCGUGUUUGAAAAUAGAUGGAUCAUCACAUCACCCCCAAAUUUCUUCUUUUUCAGUGAUAAGAUACGUUUUUUUGCGACUUUUAGUCGUAAAAAUGAUUGGUAGAGGACAGCGAACCCAUUUUCCACGACAAAACCCAGUUUCACGGGAGAUAUUGCUUGUAGAUCGGCCCGAAUGAGAAAUGUGAAUAUUCGGCGCUUUUCGGCGGUGGAGCAUAAGAGAACAAGAGAGUUCUAGAAAAUAAGUUAUGAUUAUUGACUUCUGUACUUUUGGCCCAGUUGUAACUUUCCGAUCGGAUCUAAAGUUUACAGGCUUUUUUGGGCCAAGUUUCAGGCUGAUCGGACUAUCUAUCUGGUCUGGAAAUAUGUGGAUCCGAUCCUUUCGGCUUUACACUAUAUCUCCGGAUCAGAUAAUCGAAUCGAUCUGAAACUUGGCCUUAAAAAACUUUAAGCCAAGCCUAAAUACGCUUGCAAAGUUUGGCGCGGGUCAAAAGUACAAACCUCAAAAAGCGGAUAGUGUAACCCCGAACGUUCUUCAUUUUUUGCGUUGUGUCGGAACGGAUAUUAUCAGAACAACUGUGCGGGUCGUCAUUCGUAAAUCAUAACGGUCUGGACGGGCGGAAAAGUAAUAAAAUAUGUACAAGUGUCCCCCGUUUUUUGCCCGAUUUUCUCCAUUCUCUCGCCGUAUCUCUCGACAAUGACAAAUGACCUGAAACGGAAAUUAGUCACCGAUUUUGUGAGACGCGCAGAGAAAAAAGAAGAAGAAGAUAUCAGUCAAUCACUUUUUUUCUUCAUCAUCAUCAUCAUCAUCGACGACAUCGACGACGACGCCAGUGACGAUCGACAAAAAAUUGGGGAGGGAAUGGAGAAACGCAGAUUUUUGGGGGCCCGAUGAUAGCGUAUCAUCUAUCUUCUUCUUCUUCUUCUUCUUUUCGUAUUCUUCGACGACGUAUUCUCUCUCCCUGUUUCUCUCUUUUCCGCCCCACAAUUCAUUCCGAUUUUCGAAUGCGACAAUAUGUCAUUUUUAUGAUUAGGAGGACUUUUACAGAGUUCCAAUUGUCUAGAAUUUUAAGAAAAAGUAUUUAAUAAGAUUUGAAUAGUUGAAUAUUUCGACUAUUCUCUCGGUCGAACGCAUUUCAAUAUAACUUUCGAAGCUUUUUUUCUAUCCAAUAGUUUAGUUGACCAACUGAGAACUAAUGUUUCAGCGACAGACCUAACAAGUAUUGUGGGGGCCUGUUACUAAAAAUGUAUGCUCAAGGUUAAUAAACGUAGGGCAUUGAACAGUUGCAGUACAUAAUUUUUCAUGAAUCAGGACCUCAAAGUACUUUUCGUCGUCGUGUUUUCACUAAUAAAGUUGACCUAGUGGAUACUUUUUCAAACAGGGCGUAACUUGAGAAUGACGGAUUUUGGAAUGAAAUGAUCAGUUACAAAGUUGUUAAGAGCAUAAUUUGCCACAACCAUUUCUGUUGAUCACUUUUGAAAUAAUCAUUGGAUCUAGAGCAAUAGGUGUCUAAACAUGGUCCUUAUUUUGGUUUACUUUUGUGAGAAAUGAUGUACUACUACAACCUUAUGUAAGUUUUCAGUUUGACCACUAAUUGUUCGAAGGCAGCCGCCUUGAACCAUUGAUUUUGUCUGCACCACAAACCUAAUGAGAAUUGGUUUUUGUUCCAUUCCCGUAGCGCUUUUAUCUUUUUCCUCUUCUCCUUCUUUUUCUCGUUUCCAAUUUCAUUUUAUCACUGCUGUUCUCUUCUUCCCAUGACUUCCAAUCGAAGCAUUGCGCUUUUGUUCGGUUUCAAAAAUUGUCUUUAAGCAUUUUUUUAGCUGUUAUAGUUUUGCUAGCUGACCGUUGAAAAAUUUAUGAAAAAUUGUUUGAAGAAAACGUUCAGGACCGUCUAGACAUGAUUUUUCGAACCGUGUAGAUCAUGUUCGGAACAAUGUUCAAAAAACGGACAUUUAAUUUUUGUUCGACUGACGUAAAUCUGAUCUUUUUCCGAUUUUUUUUGUGUGUGUGUGCGCAUAAAAAGCAGACGGUUUUUGUGCUAUAAAUAUACAGAAAAUGCGGGCUAUUGUUGUUGUUUAUUUGAACGCUCAUUCACACGCGCUUCGUGCUUUUUGUACCUCUUCUUACUGUUACGCUUCUAGUUGGGUUAUGAAAAUUUAUGGAAUUUUCUCAAAAAUGUUUACUGUUUCUUUCGCAACAAACACUUUUUUCAAUACGCUCCCUAUAAAUAGGCUAUAAUUACAGGCUCCGUUCCCUCUUCACACCUCUUCCCAUUCUCAUCGUCUUCCGCGUCUCAAUUUUGAGAUUUUUCCGAAAGUCUUCAACUUUUCCAAGCGGUUCAUAGGUUGGUUAUUAGUUUUUUGAGAAAUACAUUGGCUUGAAAAAUUGCUGGGCCUGGACUUUUGAACCACUUGCAAUAAUCAAUAAUCAGAUUGGUGGGCCCAAACUUUGCAGACUUCUUGGACUUGAGUGGAAGUAAGACCCAAUAUACUUUAAUCCAAGCCGAACAAGCCUGCAAAGUUUGGGCCCAAUCGAAAUAUUUAUUAUUGCAUGUGGGUGGAAAGUCCGGGCCUCGGCCGGCUUUUUGCCCAAACAUUUGCAGACGUCGUCUUCAGAAUGCAACCAAAAUAAAUAAAAUUCGGUUGCAGACGUCGUCCGUGACUCUCUGCCUCGUUUCGGAGCGUCCGAAUCCGAGGAGUACGACGAGGAAGAGGACGAUCUGAGCAUCGAGGGCGUCCGAGACGGCGAUCAGCGGGAACACAUUAAUUUGUCGGAGAUUUUUCGGGAAAUUCCCAACGAGACCGUCAACGGCGGCGGCGUUUUCAAGUAAACAAAACAUUUGUGCUAUAAAAUUUACAAACAUAUUCAUUCAUGUUUCAGAUAAUUCUUUUGAAGCGUUAACUUUUUGAGCAGGCUAGGCCCCCCCCCCCUUCCACACUUUUGGUCGCCGUGUUUUAACAAAGCAUUAUUCAGCCUGAACUACGACAAAACGGACGAGUCGUCAUCGGUGGAGACAGUGCACUCGCCGACGUCUCCGAAUUUCGCGAAGAUGACAAUUUCGUCGUCGGAAAGCGAGGCGAACGAUCGCAAAGCGUCGGAAGCAGCAGAAAAGGCGAAGAAAAUGGGCAAACGACGGAAGGAGACUUCGAUUUAUCGCUCGGAAACUAUGAAGCUCUACCAGAUGAUUCUCGUCAAAGAGGCGGCGUUCGAGUGCGUCGCCGAGAUUGGAAAACACGGAAAUGUGCAGUUUGUCGAUGUACGCUUUUGGAACGUUGCUUGAAUUUUAAAUGCAAUUUUCUGGUUUCAUGAAUGUCACAAUGGCCUUAUUGCGGCCUGUGGUGUUUUUGGCCCACUUGCAGUUGACCGAUCGGACCCAAAAAAUGUUUUGACAUUACCCCUAGCUAGGCCUAGUAUGGAGCAUCUUCAGGACAAUUUCGGGGCCGCAUAGGCCGUCGAUUAUUCUAUCUAGCUGAAAAUUGUCCUGGAGAUGAGAUGGUUGACACCAAGGGCAAUGUCCAAACCUUUUUUGGAUCCGAUCGGUCAAAUUCCCUGCUCUGGAAUCAACCCCAAAAGUACAGAUUUUCACAAUUUGUCCGCGAAUUUUCCAGCAGCAGUUUGCUGCUCAUCGAUUUUUUUAUUUGUUUUGAAAAAUUGCAAAAAAUCGACGAACGGUAAUUGGCUUUUGAACAAAUCGGUGGUUUUGGGGUUGAUACGGAACAACGGUGAAUUUCUGCAGUAUCAAAUCGUGUUUCACAUUGCAAAAAUUGCAGCUAAACUCGAAGCUGUCGCUGUACUCGCGAACGUUCGUCAAACAGAUGCGUCGGUGCGAGGAGAUGGAGCGUAAAUUGCGGUUUCUCGAGCGGCAAGUGAUCACGUGCAAACCGGGCCUCGACCCGAAAGCCAUCGAUUUCGAGGAUUUGACGGCGCCGACGCAAGCGGAAAUGAUCCAAUUGGAGCACCGGCUCGACCAGCUCGAGCGCGAAUUUGUAGAUUUGAACAAGAACGACUAUCAGCUGCGACGCAAUCUCAACUCGGCCAGAGAGUUCUUUCAGGUCAUGAAGCUCGUCGACGAAUUUUUUCAAGUCGUAAGUUGUGUUUAAAUUAAAUGCCCAAAUUCUCGUUUUUAUUCGUGUUUCACAAAAUGUCAAAAUCACAUUUUUGAGCACUGAAUAGUAAUUUUUUAUAAUUAUUGUCUUACAGCACAAAGAGGAGGAUGCGAAGGCGCGACUCGAAAGAUCGGCCACCACCGACGACGUUGUCCGUUUUUUAAAAAUUGCUUCAUCUCGACAAGUUGCACAUUUUUUCAGGAAAUUUUCUCGAAAUCAUUUUCGAAAUCGAUGCCUACGGCCACCGAAGUGCCGUUGACGCCGCUGCUGAACAGCGACGAUAACGCUUGGUGAGACAUAAUGUCUCUGACAUUCUGAAGGAGGCCUGUCGCUAAAAUAUUAGUGUGUGUGUGAGAUAUUUUUACCAUCGGAUAGAGCGUAAAAAGUUACACAUGAGUCCAGAACAUCAUUUCUCCCAAAAAUUAGUUUUAGAGCCACAUUUGAGGCCUCAACGUACUUUGCUUCGCUUUUUCGCUGUUCGCACUCAAACUUUUGGGGCCCGCAUGUCAGGAAUCGUGCCAGUAGUCAUGGAUCCAUGAAGCGCUCUAUCCGAUGGUAAAAUAUCUCACACAUUAAUUUUUUAGUGGCAGUCCUCCUCUAAUCAGUUUUCUAAGUUUGUGGCAAGAGUUCUAGAACUUCAGCGUUUUUCCGGGAUUUUAGAAAUAUUUUCCUGAAAUGUUUGCCGUUUUUGUACUGCACACGGUCUCCAGAACUUACAAUAUGAGCGGGCCUCCGUCAAAUAACGGUUUGUAAAUACAAACAUUUUGAGCGCUCGAAAAACAAAAAUUAUCAAAUUCACGCCGUUUUAGCCGAGAAACUUCAAACGGAUAAAUGUGAAUUGCGACUUGACGGAUUGUUACGCACUUGCGCUUAAAAAACUCGUCAAUCGUUGCAUCGAGGCACAAAUGAGAAGUUGUCAGUUUUUCGCGGCUAAAUUUUGAAUCUCGCUCCGAAAUGUCGUCCAUUAUAAGCUCUGGAGACUGUGUAUGAUGGCGUUUUUUUUUUCUUGGAUUUUUGUUUAGGUUCGUGGCGGGAGUGCUUCCACUCGAAAAGCGAAACUCGUUCGAACGGAUUCUGUGGCGUGCGUGCCGUCGAACGGCCUUUGUGCGCACUUCCGAAUCCUCGUUCACCAUCAACGAUCCGGUUACGGUAGGUCUAGAAAAACUGAAAAGCAUAGGGUAAAACGUUCGACGGAAAUUGAGCAACGAAGAAACAAAGAAUAGAAGGCUUUAUCUGGUUUUGCUAGUAUAGUUUUUGUGGUGGAAUGAGACAGACAUUGAGGAGAGAGAAUGCGCACAGUUAAUUGGGAGUCUUGAAAGGUCAUGGAUGCUCUUCCGACGGCCUAUGGUCAUUGGAGUACGGCUGAGAGUCGGUUCGGACGUGGCCUCGGAUUGUCCUGGCCGAUCGGCAAGAUGGUCUGAUGGGAAUGUCAGGCGAGGACGGCUCGACGUGGAUUUGGACCCUGGAAAGUCCGAAAGGGCGAAAAUCUGGAAAAGAUUACUGUUUCUGGUUAAUGUCUUUUGUGAAAAUGCACUUGUUGUUUUUACCAUCGAUGGAGAGUUCUUAACGGGAGCUUCUUCCUUUUUCUUGCAUCGAAUCAUGUCGGCGAGCAGUUUUUCCUCGAACCUGGGCAGCGAGUGUUCAUCUUGAUCGAGUUGAUUACUUUGAAACCACUGUACUCGUUUCAAAUUUGUUUUGCUCGUACACUUUUUAGCACGUGGCUUGAAUGGUGCUUCGGAAAUCACGGAGAACCAAGGAACCGAUCGAACUGAUAUACCAGCAAUUAAACAUCCGACGAUCAUAUCCGCGGACCGGGAGACAUACCUUUUAUGAAUCAAAAUUUCAGCUAGAACCGCUUCAAAAAUGCGUUUUUAUCGUCUUCUUCAAAGGAGAAUCGCUGCGUCUGAUUGUGGAAAAAGUUUGUGAUGGGUAAGCUAUCUUUCAUGGAAAUUUGCGGGAAAAAAAUGCCAAAAUGUUUGCAGCUUCAACGCCACACAAUAUCCGUGUCCGAAAGCGUCGAAAGACCGGAAAAUGAAGUUGUCAGAGACGGAAGGACGCAUAAACGACCUGACUGUGGUCAUUGACACCACACAAACGCAUCGGUAUACGGUAGGCAUUUUCUCUCUUUGUUUUUUUUUCUCACAAAAAUCUUUUUUCAAGCAAAAUGGUUUGCAGAUUCUCAAAGAUUUGUCGUUCGAGAUUCCGGUGUGGCUGAAAAAUAUUCAAAUUCAAAAAUCGGUUUUUGCGAUCAUGAACAUGUUUACGGUCAGUUUCCUUUUUUCUCGAAAUUAAUUUGAAAACCCUUUGAAACGUGAAACAUUUUCAGGUGGAUACCAACGGAUUUUUGGCCGGCGAGUGCUGGAUUCCGGCCCAGGAGGAAGAGGACGUUCGCGAGGCGCUUCACGACGGAUUUGUACGAAUUUUCUCGAAUUUCUCCCCCGCUUUCUCCCUAAUUUUAUGCGCAUUUUUUGCAGAAAGCGAGCGGCACCGAAGUGGAGCCGAUUCUCAACGAGCUCUGGACGAACGCGGCGCCGCCGACGUGGCACAAAACGAACAAAUUCACGAGCGUCUUUCAGAGUAUUGUCGAUUCGUACGGAGUCGCACAAUAUCGGGAAGUCAAUCCCGGUUCGGUUUUUGCGAUUUUUGAGCAUUCUCAUUCUACUGAACAGAUUGUGCUGAGCAGUUGCCAAUCUUCGGCCACAUUUUUGUAGCCCGUGAACUUCAAACCUAGACUAAAUUGGAGAAUAGACUGCAUUUUAACUUAUAUCAAAAGAUUAGACACAUUUGUGAUCAUAUUUUCGAGAGAAGGCGGUAAAACCAAGAGUGGUAAAUUGUGCAAGAGCGGUAAAUUGAGUAAACGUUGAAACAUUAAUUUCUUCACGUUUUCUUCCCGAAGAAAUUCAUGAAAAUUCAGAGUGGCAAUAAUUUUGCGAGGUCUGUGUACUUCUCGUGGUCUCCAUAGCAUUUUCUGAAAAAUUAAUCAAAAUUCGGGACUUUGAGAACAUUAAUCCCCCAUUUUGAAGUGCACUUUAAGAAAAAAAAAUGUCACUUUCUUCGUGCACAACACCUUUAUUGAUGCUUUUUUCAGCGCCGUACACAAUAAUCACAUUUCCGUUCUUGUUCGCCGUGAUGUUCGGCGACGCCGCGCAUGGACUCAUUCUGCUCCUCGCCUCGUUGUAUUUCAUUAAAAACGAGAAGCGGAUUGAGAAGAAGAAGAUUCGCGAUGAGGUUUCUUUUCUUUUCUUGCUACCGUAAAUACUGUAAUAGAAGGGCACCCUCAAUAUUGUGUCCAUUUAAUGCAGCGUAUUUCGGCUGUCAGCUUCAUAGAGAUUAACGACAUAGGGGGGUGCCCUUCAAUUACAGUAUUUAUGGUAAGUAUUUCUCUUUUUGUUUUGCUGAAAUGGUUUUUGCUGUUCAGAUUUUCAACACAUUUUUCGGCGGCCGGUACAUCAUGAUGCUGAUGGGAUUGUUCUCGAUCUACACGGGAAUGCUCUACAACGACGCGUUCGCCAAAUCGGUGAAUGUGUUCGGAUCGGCGUGGAGCAACUCGUACAAGUGCGGUUUAAAGGAGGCGCAUCUGUGGAGAAAAUUGGAAAAUAAGUAGACAACGCACACAUUUUUCUCGAUGAUUUUUUCAGUAGCAAAGUGCUGUGUUUAUCGACUUUUUCAGUUUUCCGAAACUUGUCCAGUUUUACAUUAUUAGGGGGGUGAUGAGGGUAAUGUUUUCACUCCGGGCACAUUACUUAUAUGUAAAUGUGUUGAAACUGCAAAUUUUUUUUUUGCAGCGAAACGCAACUCGACUGGUGGAUAGCCCGUUCGGCGCGAAAACGGCGGCAGUUCUCGUUGGAAUUGGUGCCCGAAAAGGCGUUUGAUAUGGAGGUACUGUGGAGAGCCCCAAUACUUGUUUAUAACCCCAUUAAUUGUUUACUUUAGAACACGUAUCCGUUCGGAGUGGAUCCGGUCUGGAAUAUCGCCGACAAUCGGCUCUCGUUUCUGAAUUCGCUGAAAAUGAAGGCGUCCGUCGUUAUCGGCAUCGCCCAAAUGACUUUUGGCGUCUUUUUGUCACUUUUGAAUCAUGUGUGAGUUGAGAAAAAUGUGAAUUUUAGAUCAGCGAUGGGCGCCGUCGCAAUUUUACGUCUCCUCGAGAAAUGUCAGCCGGAAAGUCCACGUGUGGGCUUUUUUCCGAUGACAUUUCUGUUUCUCCCCGGCCUCGCCCAUCUCUGUUUCAGACGCGUUUUCCCGCUAAUUUUUCUGCGCUCCUCAACGACUUCAUUAUUGUUUUGACGGUCAACGUGUGACCGAUUUCAGGCACUUCAAAUCGUACAUUGACAUUCUGGUCAACUUCGUUCCCCAAAUCAUCUUCCUCACGUGCAUUUUCGUCUAUUUAUGCGUCCAAAUCAUCCUAAAAUGGCUCUUCUUCUCGGUCUCCUCCGCAACUGUGCUCGGAUUCGAGUAUCCAGGUCAGUCACCGCGCAUUUUGUUAUUACCGCAAUCGCGCUCUGUCGAGCGACUCGUUUUGCAGCGAUUUCGAUUUUCCGUUUUCUAGGCUCUCACUGUGCGCCGUCGCUGCUCAUCGGACUCAUCAACAUGUUCAUGUUCAAAUCGAGAAACGAGGGAUUUUAUAAUGGAAAUGGAGAGGUGGUCCGCAAUUGUCACCUCGUCUAUUGGUACCCGAAUCAGGUAUUGUUUUAUAUUUGAAAUGUUUGCUUUUCACCAAUUUUCCCUCUAUUUUUUGCAGCGUCUCAUCGAAACCCUCCUGAUCGCGAUUUCGGUGGCGUGCGUGCCGGUGAUGUUGGUCGGAAAACCGCUUUGGGUCCAUUUUCGGACGGCGAAACGACGCCGUCUGCAGCAGGAGACGAAAAGUUUGAAAAGUGUGCGGCGGAACGGGAACGGAACCGCUCCGACCAGUCCCACCGUCGAAAUGGGACCGCCCACUUUUGUAAGUCUGAAAAAGAUGCUGACGCUUGUAAUGAUCCCGUCGGGCUGCCCCAAGUCACUAUUUCUCGGGACCAGAUGAUCCGAUCGCUCUAAAACUUUGACCCAAUGUACCCUGAUCCAAGUUCAGAAAGCCUGCAUGCGAAUCACAAAUUUUCUGACAAUUUUCGACAAAAUCACCAUUCUCUUCAGAGCGAUCAGCCGGAAGACGCGGAAUUGCUGCUGGCGGACGAGCUGGACCUGGCCGAAGAAGUGCAUCACUCGCUGUCGGACAUUUUCGUGCACCAGGCGAUUCACACGAUCGAAUUCGUGCUCGGAUGCGUCUCGCACACCGCCUCCUACCUCCGUUUGUGGGCCCUCUCGUUGGCGCACGCGCGUAUGAUUUUUUGCGGGCAUUUUCUGGGACAUUUUUGAGUAUUGCAGAAUUGUCGGAAGUGAUGUGGCACAUGGUACUCAUUCAAGGCCUCCACGCCGCCGAUUUUGUCAAAGACGAGCAUUUGGCGAUGAUUUUGAAGCCGGCAGUGGCCGCGUUUGUGAGUUUCAGACGGAGAAUUUCUUUUCAGCCGGAGAAUUUCUGAGGCAAUAAGUGGACACUGCUGGAAUGUACCUUCCGUAUCAACCCCAAAAGCACCCCGAUUUUUCUCGAUUUUUCCAGCAGCAAAUUUCUGUCUUUCGAUUUUGUUUUUUUCCAGAUUCACACGGUCAGAAAUGUUUUCUAGCUCGGCACAUUACUUAUUCUAACGGAUCGUUCUACCCGUCACUGGAUAUGCUUCAACCCGACAAAAUACAAAAAACAUUAGAAACUGAAAAUAUGUUUUCUGUCGCAUUUUCAGUGACGGGCGGAAAAGAUCGUUAGAAUAGGUAAUGUGCACAAAAGGAAAUUAUUUCAGGUCGUGUGAAACUGGAGAAAAUAUGAUUUGCUUGGGAAAAUUGAAAAAGUCGAUAAAUAGCAAUUUGCUGAUGGAAAAAUCGAGAAAAAUCUGUGCUAUUGUGGUUGAUUAUUUGCAAAAAUGUGCAUAAUUUGUUUGCAGUCGUUCUUCGUCUUCGCCCUACUCUCCCUCUCGAUUCUGAUCAUGAUGGAGGGAUUGUCGGCGUUCCUGCACGCGCUCCGUCUUCACUGGGUCGAGUUCCAAUCCAAGUUUUAUUUGGGCACCGGCCACCCGUUCCACGCGUUCUAUCUCAAAGAGAACCUCGAAAAUGCGCAAUUGGUGACCGAGGAAACCGAUCGGAUGGCCGACAUUUCCAGAGGAAAUUAA